AUGCCCGCUGUCGAUCCAGACGAUCCGGUACCUGAUGACCCAGUGCCCGCUGUCAUGCCUGAUGACCCGGUGCCCACUGUCAAUCCAGACGAUCCGGUACCUGAUGACCCGGUGCCCGCUGUCAUGCCUGGUGACCCGCUGCCCGCUGCCGGGCCAGACGACCCAAUGUCAGACCCAGUGCCCGUGGUCAUGCCAGUUGACUCGGAGCCCACUGUCGUGCCUGGUGACUCGUGCCCACUGCCUUGCCAGAUGACGCGGUGCCCCCGCUGGCGAGCCAAAUGACCUGAUGCCUGGUGACCCAGUGUCCGCUGUCAUACCUGGUGAACCGAUGCCCGCUGUUGAGCCAGACAAUCC